CUUUAAGUACAUGAGUGCAACUACGAAACUGAAAUUGCAAAUCUGUACCAUCUGUGUGUUUACUUGAGUUAUGAAUAGCCAAUUAUUCCUAUAGAUUAGACACAUAUAUAAAUUGGCAGGUUCUUGUUUUUACUACAGUAUAGGCCAUCCUUGUAGAUGCAAUGCCCUUCAUGAUAAUUUCCUUAGAUCAUAAUUAGUGCCAAAGGUAACAAAGAUUGCAGUAUUCGCGUAACCUACAUGAUUUAACUAGUAAUCAUUUUAUUGCUUUAUUUCCCUUUAGGAAAUAUGGAUGACCAAAUCAAAAGUAUUAAGAAGGAAAAGACCGAUAAGCAGGUCACAAAGCGCCACACAUGGAAAUCUUCAGAGGACAAAAUAUUGCUGAACAUACUAAAAGAUCAAACUAUAAAUGGAGGGAAGGAAGGAACAGGAUACACAAAAAAAGCAUGGCGUGAAAUCCUAGAACAGUUCAAUGAGUCAAAGGUAGACAAACUUGAGUUGCAACAAAUAAAAAAUCGUCAUAAGUACUACAGGAGUUGUUAUGCUACCAUGGACAGACUUCUAAAACACACAGGAUUUGGUUGGGAUGACGAUGACAAAAUGAUCAAAGCUCCAGAAGAAAAAUGGGCGGAACUCAUUUUGAAGGAUAAGAAUAUUCAAGAAUACCGUGAUAAAGUGUGGCCUAGUUGGAUAGGCCUGCAAGACAUAUGUGCGAGCUCUACUGCAUCCGGACUAGGUGCUGUAUCUAGCAAAGGGAAAGGUGAAACAAUUAAAGCACAUAUUGAUCUGAAUGAGGUAGUACAAGUAGAAUCUGAUGAAAUAAAUGAUUCCACUAUUGAUUGUCCUAAGAAGCCUAAUAGCAAUAAGGCAGAGAAAAAGAAGAAGUGCAAUGCAAGUGGAUCACAAGAACCUUCAAAGGGGCAUAAGCGAUCAGCUGAUGAUGCUAUAAACGCAAUUGAUCGCCUAGCGGACGCAUCACUCAUCAUCGCUGAAUCAAAGAAAAAUGCAGCACAACAGAUAGAAGCUUACUCAGUCAAAGCAUGUAUGAAGAUAUUAAAUAGCAUGCCUGGACUUGAGGCAAAUAAAAAAUUGAAAGCUGCAGAAGCAUUUGUAACUGAUCCGGCUAAUGAAGUUCCAACAAAAAUAUUGGGCGAUGAAAGGUACUACCCAUACUUCAAGAACUGCAUAGGAGCAAUUGAUGGGACACAUAUUAAUGCAAAAAUCAAGCUUGAUAAGCAAACUCCAUACAGAAACGGGCAUGGUUAUCCCUCUCAAAAUGUAAUGGCAGUAGUGUCAUUUGACAUGACAUUUUUAUAUGUGGCUGCUGGAUGGGAAGGUUCUGCAUCGGAUCAGGCCGUUUUACGGUGGGCUGUUACAGAUGGUGGCUUUGUUGUUCCAGAAGGUAAAUUUUAUCUCGUUGACUCGGGCUACGCAAAUACUCCAAGAUUUAUUGCCCCCUACCGUGGAGAUCGCUAUCACAUUGGUUCUUUUCGUGGAACUAAUCGUCGGUAUAGUAGUGAGAAGGAUCUGUUCAACCAUCUACAUGCACAACUACGGAAUGUUGUAGAACGCACUUUUGGUGUUCUAAAAGCUCGAUUUCCAAUAUUAACAAGGAAUGGAGGAAUCCCUUAUCCUUACAAAAAACAGGUCCAAAUUGUUAUGGCUUGUUGCAUCAUCCAUAACUUCAUAAGGAAGGUUGAUAGGGAUGAUGAGUUGUUUCAGCUUUAUGAACAAGAGGGAACAGAAGGAAAUGUUGACACAUGUGACCAACAAGUUCGAGGGCAAGCAAAUGUACAAGAAGAUGAUCGAGUUGCUGGUGAGCGAUUACGUGCAGGCAUCGCUCAACAGUUGUGGGCUUAUCAUCAACGGCGUACCACACAGGAAGAAGAAGAUGAUGAUUAAGAACUGCAAUAUUUAUUUUGAUCUUUAUUUCAUAUACACGGCAUAUUUAUCAUUAUAUCUUUUCAUUCCUUGGUAGGUCCAGGAACUUUCUAUUCUCUUUAGAUUCAAGCACACUCUCUCUAUCUCUACAGCUAGAGAUGAUCGCACUGCUGAAUAAUAUUUCUUGCCACGCUUUUCACCUAAUGAAGCAGUCAGUAAAAGCUCUCUAUGCCUUUUGUAGUUUGUGAGAUGGAUGAACUAAAUAGACAGGACUAAGCUACUAACCUUGUAAGGUAGUAACAAUCUGAAAAAUGAACUUGUAAGUCUGAACUAAAUAGCUACUCUGUGCACAUA